GAGGACUGAACAAAAGACACGAGAAGCAAAUGGUACAUCUUUGAACAAGCCAACAAUAAGGUACAGUUGUGUGACUGAGCUGAAGAAGAAUGAAAGGCGUGUGUUAUUUUAUCAAUGUGGUUCUAUUCAGCAUAGCCAGUGGAGCAAGUAAAUGGCUCACCCAUAACUCGACGGAUUCCUUAUCAAUUGCCAAUGUCACCGACAUCAAUUCAAAGUUAAAACUGCAGGUUUGUGCACUAAUCCCAAAGUCUCGAAGGAGACGUUGGAUUUCACAAGGCGACAUGCUUGCCAUCCUUGACUAUCACAAUAAAGUUCGAUCGACCGUCUUUCCACCUGCAGCAAAUAUGGAGUAUAUGGUAUGGGAUGAAGGCCUUGCCAGAUCAGCGGAAGCCUGGGCAGCCAGGUGUCUCUGGGAACAUGGACCACCAUUUAUAAUGAGAUACCAGGGACAGAAUCUGUCUGUCAGAACAGGAGGGUACCGCUCCAUUCUGCAACUGGUCAAACCUUGGUAUGACGAGGUCAAUGAUUAUAUGUUUCCCUAUCCUCAUGACUGCAACCCCAGGUGUCCUAUGAGAUGUUUCGGACCCAUGUGUACACAUUACACACAGAUGGUAUGGGCUACAACAAAGAAAGUCGGGUGUGCAGUUCAAACUUGUUAUAACAUGGUUGUCUGGGGAACCAUGUGGAGGCAGGCAACAUACCUGGUCUGCAAUUAUUCUCCAAAAGGAAAUUGGAUCGGAGAUCCUCCCUACAGAGUUGGCAUCCCAUGUUCAUCAUGUCCCCCAAGCUAUGGAGGCUCCUGUAGCAACAACCAAUGUUUCCCUACCAUAACGUCAAACUACAUGUACUGGUUCAAGUAAAGACUGAACAAAUCUUUUGUUGUAAUCAAUUGUUAAAUAUCCUAAUUACACAGUGCUUCCAAUGUCAGCUGGAAUUUUUUAAAAAUACUGUAAAUGUGCAAUUUCUGUGCUUUUAAAUGUACUUUUUUUAUACAGUUCGGAUAUAUUUAGAAUUAUAUGCUACAUUUCAAUCUUGAGGAAAUGUACAUUUGUGAGUAUUAUAAAUCAAUAAGUUGUGGAGUACAACUGAUUGCUGUCUUACCAUUAUAUUGAUGGUCAAAUAUAUUGCACUGACAUGUUGUUUUUGUUAGUGAUAUUUGACUGUUAGGCCUCUAAUAAGGAAGUGGUAAUAGCAGCCUAUUAUUAACUUCCAAUGGGAUCAAAUGACUCCAGCUCACAGUAGAUUAUGUCAGUUAUUAAUAUAGUUUUAUCAAAUAUUUCUGACAUGUUUUCCAGAACAUUAUUACAUGUAUUUCACCUACA